ACACAGUCCAUUCCUUUUUUCAUGGAUCUCCCAAUAUUUCUUCUCUCAUCCAUUCAUUCACUCACAAGUCACAUACCAUGAUUGAUUAACACAUAUAAAACCAUAAACUCAACACUUUCACAUUUCCACUAACUCCUCUCCCCUAAAACCUUCAAAAUCCAUCUCUCUCACACAACACAACAAUGCUAGAUCCAGCUAAUGAUUUGGUUCCACCACCAUCUUCACCCUCCAUCUCCUCCAUUUCCUCAUCUGAUCUUGACACUGAGUCUACAGGAUCAUUUUUUCAUGAUAGAAGCACAACAUUGGGGACACUAAUGGGAGUGAGUUUUCCGGCGAUAACAUUCAGAGUCCCGUCGCAGCACCGGGACACACAUUCCGACGCCGGAGUUUGCGCCGUUGGAACCAUUAGGAAUGCGUCUAACAAAAAGAAGAAAAGGACCGCCGCCGCCGCAUCGGUGGCGGCGGAGCGGCGGCGAAAGUGGUGGCAGCUGUGUAGGGACAGUGACGCAAGACCGGCUUCGUUAGGGGAUUUUUUGGAGGUGGAGCGGCGGUUUGGCGACGGCGGGUUUUACGAAACGGCGGCGGAGCUUGAGGGAAUGGUGGCUGUGGCUGAGCAACCGCAGAGGAACGGCGGGAGAAUGCUUUUUGCUGAUGGGAGGGUUCUUCCACCGGCGGAAGAUGGUGGCAACGGAGAAUCGCCGGCGGAGAGUCUUUGUAAUAGGUUUCCGGUGUCGCUCGCCGGAAUAUGCAGCGGCGGUGCUGGAUAGGUGUUAAUUAGAUAUUAAAUUUUUUUUGUUUUUAUAUAUUUUUUCAGAAAAAAAUUAAAAAAUUUGUGGAAUUUUUUUUUUGUUAAUUUUUGGAAGUUGUUUGAUUGUAAUUGGUAAAUUAAGAUUCUUUUUGUC